GGAGAGGCGCUUGCUCUACUGUAGUAGCAGAGCGGAUCUGGAGCAAUCAGUGUCACUCAGUACAGACUGUAUAUUUAACGUUUGAUGCUUCAGAGUUUACCACUGAACCCAAAGCCAUUCUUGAAUGGCCUGACAGGCAAGCCAGUGAUGGUGAAGCUCAAGUGGGGGAUGGAGUACAAAGGCUACCUGGUGUCUGUGGAUGGUUACAUGAACAUGCAGCUGGCCAACACAGAAGAGUACGUGGAUGGUGCUUUAGCAGGCCACCUCGGUGAAGUCCUUAUCAGAUGAUCUCACAUGUUCCUCAAGCACCCUCCGAUACACGAUAGAAUUCAUGGUGGAUUCUAUGAUGGUGAGCUGGCCAGGUCCUGCUGCAGCAAAGCAUCCCCAAACCAUGACACUUCCACCUCCAUGCUGCACAGUUGGUAUGAGGUUCUUUUCCUGGAAUGCUGUAUUGGGUUUACGCCAAACAUGUCCUCUGUUCUGGUGUCCAAAUAAUUCAUUUUAGAUUCAUCUGUCCAAAGAACAUUAUUCCAGAAGUCCUGGUCUUUGUCUACAUUCACUCUGGCAAACUUCAGUCUGGCCUUCAUGUUCUUCUUGGAGAGCAAAGGUUUCCUCCUUGCACACCUCCCAUGAAGGUUAAACUUGUGAAGUCUCUUUCUGAUUGUAGAGGCGUGCACUUUCACAUCCACAGUAGCAAGAGCCUGCUGUAGGUCCCGUGAUGACAUUUUAGGGUUUUUGGAGACUUCUUUUAGCAUCUUGUGGUCUGCUCUCGGGGUGACCUUGCUUGGACGGCAAGACCUGGGCAUGUUGGCAGUUGUUUUCAAUGUCCCCCACUUGUAGACAGUGGAAUGGCUGAUGUUAUAUUCUCUUGAGAUCUUUUUAAAUCCCUUACCAGACUCAUAAGCGUCUACAAUCUUCUUUCUGAAGGCCUCAGACAGCUCCUUUGAUGGUGUUUUCUCUCACGUCAACAGUCAGGGGCACACCAAACUAAGUGUGAGGUUUAAAUAAGGCAAGCCUCCUUCAAAACACUGGUAAGGAUGUUCCAAUCAUGUGCACCUGGUGUGAUCCACCUGUGUGUGAUUUUAGCCAUUUUAAGUGGGAUUGAAUGUGGGGGUGUCCUAAUUUAUUCCUCAACAGAAAUUGCAUUUAUUCCAAAUUACAUUUUACAGAAAGUUAUAAAAAAAAAUCUUUUUUUCAGUUUUAUUUGUUUAGUUCUAUUACUUGAAUCUCUCAAGAUUGUUGAAAUUGAUAUUAAAUAUCCAUAUGACCAAAUAUGGUAGAAAAUACACAGGCUUCCAUGGGGGGUGUGUGUAUAUAUAUAUAUAUGUAUAUGUGUGUGUGUGUGUAUAUGUGUGUGUGUAUAUAUAUGUGUGUGUGUGUGUGUGUGUAUAUAUGUG